UUGACGGUCCGGCACAAGUUACUUAUCGCGUGGGUUAUCGCGGGGGUGCUGCCGUUUAUUCUCCAGUUCCGAAGCUACUUGAGAUUUGCGAUGCCGCACAAAAUCACCCAGAGGCUGGUGGUGCCGCCCGGUUUGGAGAAGGAGGGAGCUAACCUAACUGAACCCUGUCCUGUCGAAGGUGCGCUCUUGUCCGGUACUUGGUUCAACCUCCACCCGACCCACUAUUUCUCCACUUUGCGCGGUCGACUGUGCCACUUUGUCAUACCGCAGUAUAAUGUCCACGGCAACUCUGUUAUCAGGAACGCAACAACUGAGGCGUACUACACGACGCCUCGUAGUUGUAUAAACGAUAGUCUCUCCUACGAACAGUACUUUUAUCACGGCAGCAUUGGCUACUUCGCGUUUUACGAGGAGCAAGUUGGCAGCUACUGUACGAGUGAUCAAACCGCAUACAUUGUUGGUCAGGGGGUUGGCUCCUUUGAUAUCAAUGGACGAUUACUGGUCGACGAUACAGGAAGCCGAAGCUACCGCAGCUCGUAUUGGUAUAGUCUUGGCGGUGCGAUUUGGCUCACUUAUCGAGGGUUUGUGCUGCGACGAUGCUUUGUUUCGUGCAAGCGGUAUGGCCGGCUUUGUGACGAAAUACACGAAGGUCUCAACCGAAAAGAAGCCAUGGUGUUUGUUCAAGAGCAUCUACGGCUUGCGGCUCACGGGGCCACCAAUUAUCACCGCGCAGUGGUGUUGUAUUUGCUGAUUGAAGGAAUCAUGACCGACUUGUUCCUGCUCGUUGCAAACGAUGGGCUUCUGGCGAAGGUGCAAUACGUUUCGCUGGGCUACAACUUGUCUGCACUCCUCUUGCUGCUGUUCGAGAUCAUUGAAACGACGAGGUGGUUGGCCGAGAAGUGGCGGGUGCGCGUCAAGAGACUCCUCUUCAGCUACGAAACCGCGUUUGUCGGCGAGGUGCUCACGGCUGUGUUUCAGCAGUAUUCUUUUACGCUCUUGAAUCGAUCGGAUUUUCGGAAAUCCCAUCCAGCAGCGUUAGCAGUAUCGUACUAUGCGUGGAGUUUGGUAGGUCACGGUGCUUUUGUGCUCACUAUUAUUGCACUAGUGAUAUCCGUACGAGCACUGUGGGCGUUGGCUUAUGUCUGGUUAAACCAUCACACGUGGGCUGUCUUCACUGCACCGUGUUGCGUCGAUUCACCAUUAAAGCUACGCAACAAAAUGUUCUUGCUGGGUGGAUAUCGGUACGAGAAUGGCAGACUUUACUACACUACGAGUGCGUUGAAAGCGUUCGGGUUGCUUCAAGCGGGGGAGGACGACGGAACGGAGUUCCUGGUGUUGCGGAAAAUUCACUGGUUCAGGGUCUUAAAAGACGACUUGGUCGCGAUCGCAACUAUAUCGAACCACCACGUAGAACCGUUCCCCGAACGCCCUUGCACGGGGAUCGUCAGAUUUUGGGAUCGAAGAUUGGGAGGCCCUUCUGUUCUGACUGGAAGUCGGCACUCAAUCUACAUCCACGUAAGGAAUCACGCGAGCCAUCCAACUGUGAGAUUAUCGUGA